ACAGUGAAAAAUCCAUGGAAAAGGCUUGAAUGGGUGUGCGUUCUUCAUAAUUUAACAGUCACAUAACACAAAACAAUAGGUGGUUUGAAAUUCCCGCAUAUUUUAAGACACGUACAGCUCAUCCCCGCUCUAUAUCACCUGCUCUCUCUCUCAUCCUAUCCAAAAAAACACAAACAAAACAACAUUGCAAAGACACAAACUCUCUUUGUGUGUGUGUGUGUGUGCGCGCGCGUGUGUGUCAGCCAAUUCAUUGAAUUUAGAGAGACAGAGAGAGAGACCCACUUCCUCGACCAAAUCUCCGCCGUCGGUCUGUCAUUGUAGUUACCGUCCACAUGCUGCCGUACGAGACAAUACAGGAGGCAUCGGCGGCACUUGGCCGCAACCUGACUACGGCGGAGACCAUUUGGUUCAACUACUCGGCUAACAAGUCCGACUACUUCCUUUACUGCCACAACAUUAUCUUCCUUUUCGUUGUAUUCUCAGUGAUCCCUUUUCCUCUGAUCUUUGUUGAGCUCGCUCGCUUGGCUGGAGUUGAUCGAUACAAGAUUCAGCCAAAGGUUAGGUUGUCUUCGCCCGAGAUUUUUCGUUGCUACAAGGAUGUUAUGCGCAUUUUCCUUCUCGUUGUUGGUCCUCUACAGCUCGUUUCUUACCCUUCUAUUAAGAUAAUUGGGAUUCGAGCGGGGUUGCCAUUGCCUUCAGGAUGGGAAAUGUUUGCACAGUUGGUAGUAUAUUUUCUGAUAGAGGAUUAUACCAAUUACUGGAUCCACAGGUUUCUGCAUAACAAAUGGGGAUAUGAAAAGAUUCAUCGAGUUCACCAUGAAUACACAGCUCCAAUCGGAUAUGCAGCACCAUAUGCGCAUUGGGCUGAGGUUUUGAUCCUCGGGAUUCCAUCUUUCCUUGGGCCAGCCAUGGUGCCUGGUCACAUGAUCACAUUCUGGUUGUGGAUUUCUUUGCGGAAUAUAGAGGCUAUUGAUACGCAUAGCGGGUAUGACUUCCCUUGGAGUCCCACUAAAUACAUUCCUUUUUACGGUGGUGCUGAGUAUCAUGACUACCAUCAUUAUGUUGGAGGACAAAGCCAAAGCAACUUUGCUUCGGUGUUCACCUACUGUGAUUACAUUUAUGGAACUGACAAGGGCUAUCGAUAUCAGAAGAAGAUCUUUCAGAAGUUGAAAGGGGAAUUGAAAGGCAAUGGUGAGCAGAAUGGAGUUCCAUAUCGCUUUUCUACCCAAGAUCUUAAAUCCGACUAGCUGUGGUACUGCCGAACCCUAUCUGGAACAAUGUUUUUUGUUAAGCUUCUUGCUAGUGACAACAUUCUGGAACCUUCUAUUUAGAAAGUUAACAUCAGUGUGCUAGUCAAAGUAGAAGUCCAUAGUGACCAAGGUGGAUAUUAACUUGGGGCUCUUAAAAAUGGUGAUGUUGUGUAGCUUUAGGGAGGGAUUUCUAAUGUCUAAGAUUCAGAAUUCGACUUUGUGCUUUAAAACAGAAUUUCAGGAUUUGGGAUCUUGGAUUGUGUUUAUGAAUUUCAGGAAAGUGUUGGUCUUC